GACGUAUGAUAGUCUCUGACCUUUAGAGUAAAGUAUUCAUCUUCUGACGCUUCAUCUGAGCGCGCGCGCGUCUCCUCCAGUCUCUCCGCGCGCAGGGAGUGACAGAUAACUCCUCCUUUCGCCAACGUAUUUCUGUUCUUGCGUGGGCAUUACAGCAAUCCUGGGACAUCCUGACAGAAUCCAGGUGUGGAGAACAAGUUUUUAGCCCCAUUUUGUGGAAAUAACCGGGUGAGAGAUGGUGUGAUCGAGCGCUCGUCUUCAGAUCUCUCUCCAAACAUACAGACGUUCACUGAAGAGUUUCAUGGAGAUCAGGUCGGAUGACAGCUGGAACUGUGGUUAUAACCGGAGGGAUUCUCGCGACGGUGAUACUCCUGUGUAUCAUUGUCGUGCUCUGUUACUGUCGACUUCAGUAUUAUUGCUGUAAGAAGAAUGGAUCUGAUCCAGAUGCUGUUUGCUCACAGCCCCAGUUUGCCUGCAAUGCAUGCAGCACAUCUAGGUUGGAUGGGGUCGCCUCUAACCCGCUCUCCCUGUCACCGGAGCCCACACCACCACAGAGCUUCUGCCCCACCUGCUCCCCAUACAGCUCUCCAUUUUACAUCAGCACCAUGGACGAAACGCAGAACGGGGCCGAACGGAUCACUUAUAUGCCGUCCCAGUAUGAAAACCCGUGCCUGUCUCUCACCCUUCCUUCUUUGCACAGCGCAUCGCUGAGCUCUCGAAGCCAUCCGGACCUCUACUGCAACACACGUGCCAUAAGCACUGAUGUCUGAUCAGUGCCGUCCACCGAAAUCACCCCUAAUGUUUCUUCUGUGUACAAAACAGAGUGAAUGGGGACAGAAAGUACUCCGUUUUUACAUUGUAUCUGUCUAGCAGUAAAUUGAAAUCAAUAAUGUUUUGUAGAAAAUGACAUAAAUUGGUUCUUCCUGAGUUAAAUUGACUUUAAAAGGAUUAAUCUGUAUUUUUGUCUUGUUUUUAAAACUAAACAUACUUAAAAUAAGAUUAAUGCACUUGAGAAGCAAAGUUGUGCAAGAUAAGGCUUUUUUAUAUUUUGAAUUAGUUUUUUUAUGUUUAAUUUUUUCUGUUAUUUUAGUAGACUUAAUUUAGCUAGAAGUUAGAUUUGUGCUAAAUCAAGAAAAAAAAUCGGGCCUUUUUCAAAAACAGUGGACAACAGUGAACAAUGAAAUGAAAUAAACAAUGCAAUAAAAAUAAACAAUUAAAAUUAAAUAACAAAUUAGAUAAACAAAAUAGCUAUUCUCUGAAGAUAAGUUUUAACAUCUUACCCCUUUUCAAAAAAUGUUUAAAUGUUUUUAGGGAAAACAAAACAAAAAAGCAUAUUUCAAGGCAUUCUGGAAAAGUAUUGUUUUCUAGAGUGAAGGGCUAAAACAAAAGAAAACAAUCAGCCGUUUUUCAAAAAUAAUGAACAAAAAUAAACAAAUAAAUUAUAAAAUAAAAUAGAACAAAAACAACAAUGGAAUAAAAAGAAACAUUAAAUAAACAAAAUCAUUAUUCUUUGAAGUUUUAACAUCUAUUUUAAGGUGUUGUCAAGACAAAAAUACUGAUUGUGAAAAAAAAAUAUGCGGCUGAGGAUAAGGGCUCCUAGUUUUCUAAGCAGCCUUCAAAAACUGGGCUUCCUGUAAUGGGCUAAUGUAUGAGGGCUAUCCUACACAAGAACAUUUUGUUAUUGUGCCUCAAUAAAACGUAUUUGAUUUUAUUUCAAUUUAGAAAACUUUUUUUUUUUUUUUUUUUUGCAAUUCCACUUGGUGGCGCCAGGAGUGCAUAAAUCACACACUUUAUAUUUAAUUAAAAUAUUUUUUUUAGACAUUUCUAUGCAAGAUCAGUGUAAUCUGUUUGAAUGUUCGAGGUAAUGUAGUAAUGUGUUUCUGAUACACUUUGUUUUAUUACAAUGCAAAAGUUUGAAUAUUUAAAUGAUUCUAUUUCAAUUAUUCUGUUUGUUUGUAAACAUGUUUCACCAAACUUUUAUUAGCGAACAGCGGCUCAUGUUUAGUCAAGGGUAAUGUGUUCCUCUACUGAGACUUGUUUGAGUUUAUUUGUUAUGCUUGAUCAUAAAUAUCUGUCAGUGACAAAGAUAUGAUGAUAACUGGUAGCAACCGUUACUUUCUAUGUGAAAUAUUUUUACGGUAGUGUCUUUAGACUGUUUAAAACAUGAACAAUGUUUUACAAAUGAACCAGUAAGCAAAUAAAGAAAUACAUUA